GUAAUAGAAACAAAUAUGUUGUUUCUAUAACGUUUGUUAAAUAAACAUAAAAUUAUUAACAGAUUUUUUAUCUUCUCUUUAACCAAUAUUUCCGAAACUUUUUGAUUUGGUCCGUACUGAAAAUCGUGAAGUGAAGUGAAACCUGUUUAUUUUAGUUUUCUUCGCUUAUCAGUAACAUUUUUGACUUUAUCUUAUUAUAUAUUCAAUCUGAUCUGAUGACUCAUGAUACAUCUGUUCAUAUAAAUAAUAAAAAAACUAAUUGCCGACACACUUAUUCUCGUGAUUUUUUUAGCUUAUAUAAUAAACAGUUUAAUUUUUAUUGUGAGAAGAUGGACAGAAUAUUAUAUAUUUGGUCAAAAACUAACCGCUGGCAUCUGGGUUUGUAUUGAUUUAUUUUGAUCUCAAUAAUAUUAAAAAGCAGUCAUUUUCGUUAUUUUAAUUCCUUGUUAUUUUUAUAUUGUAAAUCAUAUUACACUGUUUCUUCUGUUUCAGUAUUAACAGUGUUCCUGCUAGUGGAAUUACGGUUAAUUCCUAGACGUCAACUUGGGUUUGAAUGCAAUGAUCCAGCGUUGUCACAUAGCUUCACUGGAGAUACUAUUUCAAUGAAAUUGCUAUUGACCUCAGUUAUUUUCCUACCUUUAGUAACUCUUUUGAUGACAGAAAAAAUAUAUAAUCAAGACAAGAGUUCAAAACAGCAGGCUGUUCACUGGUAUAAAGAAUAUUUAUUUGGAUUACUCAUCAACUUGACUGUAGUCCAGACAUUGAAAAUAUAUGUUGGUGAACCAAGACCACAUUUUUUUGAAGCUUGUAACCCAAAAGAAGCAUCUACAUGUACAGGAACUGAAUAUGUGUCCAGUUACACAUGCACAAAGGGGCACUGGCUUAAUCAAGCUGAUACAAGCUUUCCCUCAGGCCACACUUCAUUAGCAAUACACGCUUCAUUCUUCUUGGUGUACUAUCUACACUGCCGCACUAGACAUCACCAGUCCAAUAUUGUAUUUGUAAUUCAAGCUCUAAUGGUAGUGUCCGCUGUGUUCUGUGCAGUAUCCAGGAUAAUUGAUAGAAGACACCAUUGGUGGGAUGUGUUAGCUGGUGCUAUUAUAGCAAUACCAAUAUUAUUAUAUACUAUAUUCUCUUUAUGUCGAAAUUUCGACUGCCCUGUGACAGUUCCCGAAGAAAAUAAUAAACAAAUAAACGCUGCUUUAUUAUCAGAACAAAGCCAGUAGUCGUUAUAGCUUAUACACUAUUUAAUAGAAUAAGCUGUCAACAGUGAAUCAACAAUUAAAAUAAUACAUUUAAAAAUUAUUUAUUUUAUAAUAAUUAAUGAUAUUUGUUUAAUAACAAUCUGUGAUCUUAUAUCUUAAGUGAAGUUUAUUUUUACAUUCCAAAAUCGUGUUUUUUGUCUUUUAUUUUUACUUUAUG